AUGUCUCUCCGCAUCGCACCCCCGGCUGCACACCCAACCCAAACCAGCAACACCACCAACCGGAGCCACCAGCCCAUCACCGCACCGCACCCCUCGAAAGGCGCUCCCUCCGCUCCCGGUCUGCGCGACACUCUCCGUGAUAACCUCACUCUGCCCGCCCAGGUCGGAGCCCCUUCUGCCUCUCACAUCCCCGCCCCGACAUCGACGCAUCCGCUCGAGGCUCGCCUGCUGGCGUGGCGCGCCACGCACGAUGCCAUGAAGAUGGAGACGCUGCGACGGGUGUACGGUAUCGCGGAACCCGUGAGACGAGGCAUGGAGCUCAAGAUCGUUAAGGAUGGAGAGUUUCGCCCUGCCGUUUUGGGAGGUGGAAAGCAGCCCAGUCUGCAUGAAGAUAUCUUGGUGCUGGGUGGAAGGGAUGCUGACAUUGCUUGGGAGGAUGUCUUCCAGGGCGACGAGUUCCGAGAACCACCCACAUUCCAUGAUGAGAUGGAGAAGCGAUUGAAGAUGGAUUUUUAA